AUGGUAGAGCAACCCGCAAACGUGGAUGCCGCCGUGAAUACCCCAGUUGUGGUUGAUUCAAACGAUGAUGGAACAGUCGCCCAGGAACUGGAAUUAGAGCAUAUGAGGAGUAUAUUGGAAGAGGCGAUUGUGGAAACGCGCAGUACGCCUCUCGAAAAUCGACCGCGACUUCCCCCGCAUAGCCCUAAGCAAGCGGAAUCGGGCUGUCGUGAGGGCUCUGAACCCAAUGCUGGUUACCUAUUUGGAAGCCAGCCGGGACCUUUGCGAGACGGACUCAAUUCUUUUUGGCGCCGCGCUGGCAGUCUGCCGUAUCAUAGGCGCCAAGGUUUCCACGGCUGGACGCGCUACUGGCCAUAG